AUGCACGUGUCCAUGCUCGAUACUUGGUUGUCUCUAAACAUCAACGACAGUGGUCUUACGGCUGACAUGACUGUGCCGCCCACCGAGCGUGAAGAAGCCACUGAGAUGACGCUCUGUCUGAUUCGCUGCGAGAUCAUGCGCAUUCAUGCGCCGACCCGGUCAACCAGCCGAAGGGCUAUCACUCCCCGAUCCUUGGCCAAAGACCUUCAGCAACGGUUGGAAGAGAGUUAUCUCAAGCACUGCGAUACCACUCCCAUUAUUUCCAAGUCUGUGUGA